AUGACUACCACAACUAUCACAACACUCAGACUGGAGAGCCGGUUCAAGGAACUCAAGCGCGAAAUUAUCAAGCCAGAAAACCGCGAGGCUGUCCAGGCUUCCUGGGAAAGACUACUGAAAGCUCUGGACAGGAAGGCGGAUGAGAUCAGCCGUGCAGGCUCAUCCUACAUCCCAGAGGUCAACUGGCGGGAUAUUGAGAACGGUGGUUUUACUGAGGAGAUGUCUUCUCUGAUCCACGCGCGCGGCUGCUUGAUUAUCCGCGACGUGAUCGACGAUGAGCAGUGCAACCAGUGGAGAGAGGAUACCAAGAAGUACAUCAAGAGCCAUCCUGGUAUCACCGGGACUCCACGCGCUGGUGUCACCAGCAAUUGGUUUAUUCAUUGGUCGAAGGCACAAGUGGAGGCAAGAAGCCACCCUCGCAUGGUUCAGCUUAUGAAAACUGUUGGUAAGUUGUACAAAAACAACGACCCCGACGCUCUUCUGGACAUGGACUCGCAAGUUGUGUAUGCUGACCGUUUGAGAAUCCGAUACCCCGGGCGUGACAGCACGCUCCCACUGCAUUUGGACUCGAGCUCUAUCGAACGGUGGGAGGACGAGCAGUACAGAGACGUGUAUCGGGAGAUUUUCGAAGGCCGCUGGGAAGACUGGGAUCCAAGCCUCAUUGACAGACGUCCUUCUGCCAAACAGGAUCUGUACCAAGGUAUGAGUAGCAACGGGUCUACGUGCAGUGUGUUCCGCUCGUUUCAGGGCUGGUUGGCUCUUUCUGACGCCAAGCCUGGCGAGGGAACCAUCUGGUUUUUGCCGGACCUGAAAUGUGUUUUGGCGUACAUUUUGCUGAGACCCUUCUUUGACGAUGGGGGCAACUUGGACUUGAGCUCUGCACAGUUCCCCGGCGCAACGCCUGGCUCUGGUCAGUUCAUGGCAUACGAUAGGGCCAUGUUUCCUCAUUUGCAGCAUAACAAGAGCGUGGUUGGCAUUCCUUACGUCAAGCCGGGCGACUUUGUCUUGUGGCAUGCAGAUCUUUUGCACGAAGUGGACGAGGAGCACAAAGGCGACAAGGAGUCGUCUGUCGUCUAUAUUGCACACACCCCGCUGUGUCCUUACAACAUCGAGACUUUGAAGGACUCGAGGGAGUGCUUCGACUCAGGAGCAAAGCCACGAGACUUUAGGUACGAAUAUGAUGAUGGUCCUGACGAGUCGUCGUAUGAGGACCGGGGACGCGAGGAGCAUUUGCUGUCGCUGGAGGGCAAACAAGCGCUGGGUCUGGUUCCGUUCGACGUGAAUGAGGAAGGUCUGACCCCAGGUCAAAUCGCCGUCCGCAAAAUGGCAAACGAGGCAAUGCAAAGAUAG